AAUCAUGUUGGUAGUCUGUUGUUAACCUUCGAGAACGACGGACGUUUUAAAGAUACUCUCGCACGUAUACGUCUACGUACACAUUGUAACGUGCAUACGUUUAAUCAACGUGAUUGGAUACAACCUUCGGUAGAUAACACGAGAGCAAACAUUGAUAAAGAUAAUUGGAAAAAGGAAAAAGGGACGAAUCGACAAUGAAACAUACGUCGAUAAUGUCCAACGGCAUUCUAUUAAGGGUAUGUCUCUUUGGUCUACUUAUCGUUUCGAGUUUGGCUGCUACUUCAAGGUCACGUGGUAAAAAGAAGGUCGCCAAAGAGACCAAGGAAAUUAACAUAUGUGAUAUCGAGGGUCGACAAGCGCCAGUUUAUUGUUACUGCGACAAUAAUGGAUUAAGGAAUGCAACCGAUGCUAAUUGUUUGGUAUUAAAUAGAUUCAAGGUCGACGAUCCAAUGUGGUCCUAUUUCAUAUCGCAAAUAUAUCUAACGAAAUUAGCCCUGACAGUACGUGCAUCCGGUACAUUGGAUUACAUACCAACCGAUGUUCUAAGACAAUUGAAAAAUUUAAAGAUCGUUACGUUUCAAUACGCCAAAAUCGAGGAAUUAGGUGAACGUUCAUUCUCAAAUCUAUCGUCGAUCACCGACAUCAAUCUAAGCAGAAACAUGAUCGUCGUAUUGAAGAAGUAUGCAUUUGAAAAUAUCAAGGAAUUGAACGUUGUCAAUUUGGACGACAACAGAAUAGCUGAGAUUAAUAGAGAUGUGUUCGUGAACCUGCCAAAUUUAAGAACGCUCUAUUUAAACAACAACAACAUUAGCAUCGUUCAUGACAAAGCGUUCAAACAUCUAAUUUAUCUUCAGGAACUUCAAAUGAGCGGUAAUCAGAUAACGGUGAUAACACGGGAAAGUUUUCACGGUCUUAGAAAUUUAAAACGUCUCGAUCUACGAAACAAUAUCAUAUCUAUGAUUGGCGAUCGUAGUUUCGUCGAAAUGCCAGAAUUAACGGAACUAGAACUCGAUCAAAAUUCGAUUGAAUAUAUAUCGGAGAAGGCAUUGGACGGUAUGAGAAAUUUAAAGAAGUUACGUCUAAGUGAAAACAAAUUGGUCAGCUUAGAACCAGAUUUUCUUUCCGGCGCACCCGGUAUAUAUUUCCUCGAUCUGCGUGAUAAUAAUUUGAAAACCAUGACCUUCAACAAUAUCAAACCAAUCGUGACGAAUCUUUACAACAUUACCAGCUAUUUCUACUUGGACGGUAAGUCUUAUUUUUAUCCU